AUGAGAAUCCAAAAAAUCUUCAAAAACCCAUUGAAAGAAGCUCAAAGAAAAUCAUCAACAUCAAGAAGUAGGGCAAGAAAUAUAGCAAGACAACGAGUUGUUCAUGCACGUUUCUGUAAGAGAAGAAGCUUUGUCAAGUGUUCAAAGCUAGUUUCAGACAAGCUUGAAGCUCUCAAGACUCUAAUUCCUCAUCAUGUCCAAAAUGGAAGUAAUGAAAUAGUUGAAGCAGAACAGCUGUUCCAAGAAACUGCAAAUUACAUAAUUGUUUUGAAGACCCAAGUCUUUGUUUUGCAAAAGCUUAUUGAGUUUUAUGAUGAUGAUGAUGGGUCUAGAAAUGCGAAGCAAAAUCUUGUUCAACAAGAUCAAUCAUAG